AUGCCGUUCGGACAGCUCGUCAUCGGCAGCCCCGGUGCGGGUAAGAGUACAUAUUGCGAUGGCAUGCACCAGUUCAUGGGGGCGAUUGGGCGCCAAUGCUCCGUUGUUAACCUCGACCCCGCCAACGACCACACCAACUACCCGUGCGCGCUUGACAUCCGUAACCUUGUGACAUUAGAAGAGAUCAUGGCGGACGACAGACUGGGGCCGAACGGGGGGAUCCUAUAUGCGCUGGAGGAGCUGGAACACAACCUGGAGUGGCUCGAGGAGGGGUUAAAAGAGCUGGGCGAUGACUAUAUCCUGUUUGACUGCCCUGGGCAGGUCGAGCUGUAUACGCACCACACGUCGUUGCGCAACAUAUUUUUUAGGUUACAAAAGAUGGGAUAUAGGCUAGUAGCAGUCCACCUCUCCGACUCUUUCUGCCUGACCCAACCGUCGCUCUACAUCUCCAACAUCCUCCUCGCGCUGCGUGCUAUGCUGCAGAUGGACCUGCCACACAUAAACGUCCUCACCAAAAUCGAUAAGAUUUCGGCCUACGACCCGCUUCCAUUCAAUCUCGACUACUACACCGAGGUGCAGGACCUGUCGUACCUCAUGCCUUCGCUCGAGGCCGAGUCACCAGCGAUGCGGAACGAGAAAUUCGGGCGGCUGAACCAGGCGGUGGCCGACUUGGUCGAGCGGUUCGGGCUGGUUAGCUUCGAGGUGCUCGCGGUGGAGAACAAGAAGAGCAUCAUGCACCUCUUGCGGGUGAUUGAUCGGGCGAGCGGGUAUGUGUUUGGCGGAGCGGAGGGUACGAACGACACGAUCUGGCAGGUCGCAAUGCGCAAUGAGUCGUCGAUGAUGGAGGUCCAGGAUAUCCAGGAGCGGUGGGUUGAUAAUAAGGAGUGGUAUGACGAGAUGGAACGGAAAGAGGAGGAGCAGCAAGACGAGUUGCGUCAGGCGCAGGCGGAGGCUGCUGCUGAGUCCAAAACUUCGAUGUCGUCGGUUCCGCUCACGGCCGCCAUUCUCGUCGUUUCGACGACCGCUGCCCAGGAUCCCUCAACCGACGCUGCCGGCGCCGCUCUGCGCGAUGUCUUUGAUCAGGAGGGCGGCGGCCGCUGGCAAGUCGUUGAGACCAAGAUCGUGAGCGACGUCACCACACAGAUACAGCAACAAAUCACCCAAUGGACCGACACCGCUGCCGAGCGGCCCGUGAACUUGGUGCUCACCACCGGCGGGACGGGUUUUGCCGUGGCCGAUCACACGCCUGAGGCCGUCUCGGUACUCCUCUACAAGCAGGCACCGGGACUCGUCCACGGUAUGCUAGCAGCAUCGCUGGCCGUCACGCCGUUUGCCAUGAUGUCGCGACCCGUAGCCGGUGUGCGGAACCAGACUGUCAUCCUUACCCUACCGGGGUCGCCCAAGGGUGCGAGAGAGAACCUCCAGGCUGUUAUCAAGACUCUACCCCAUGCGUGCCUGCAAGCCGCCGGCGCAGACUCUCGGUCACUCCAUGCCGGUGGCGUCAAGAAGCUAGAGAAGGAAGCAGGCUUGAGUUCGAACACCGCUCAUUCACAAGCCGAGUCCCAACCCGGUUCCCAUUCCCACUCCCAUGACCACCACCACCAUCAUCACCACCAUGACCACUCCCAUGGCCAUUCUCACGGCCAUUCCCACCCCACCCCCGUCCGCCACACCGACGCAUUCGCCACCGCCCACCGCUCCAACGACCCCUCCCUUGGCCCCUCUCGCCGUCACCGCUCAUCUCCUUACCCUAUGAUCUCCAUCCCCGACGCCCUCGCCCUCAUCGCCGAGCAUACCCCAGCACCAACCAUCAUCACUGCCCCCGUGACACCUUCACUCACGGGGUCUGUGCUCGCAGCCCCCGUACACGCCACCGAAUCUGUCCCGGCGUUUCGCGCUAGUAUCGUGGACGGAUAUGCUGUGGUUGUGCCUAACGGCGGGGGAAAGGGGGCGGAUAUGCGGGGUGUGUACCCCGUUGUGGGGGUAUCGCACGCCUCGCCAGCAGACGGAGGGGCAGAGACGUUGAAAGAGGGCCAGGUAGCGCGCAUUACGACAGGGGCACCACUGCCGCCGGGCGCUACGGCGGUCGUGAUGGUGGAAGAUACCGUUCUUGUCUCGACGAGGCCAUCGGUAUCCUCGUCGGAAGGACAGGAGGUGGUGGAGGAGAAGGAAGUGGAGAUCCUGGCGCAGGGCGUCAAUGCCGGGGAAAACAUCCGCGAGGUGGGCAGCGACGUUGAGGCCGGGACGGAGAUCAUGGGGAAAGACGAAGAGAUUUCGGCCACGGGUGGGGAGAUUGGGAUGUUAGCGUCUGUGGGCGUGCGGGAGGUGCAGAUCUACAAGAAGCCUGUGGUUGGCGUGCUGUCCACGGGCGACGAGAUCGUAGAGCACAACCGCGAGGGCCCGCUUCGGCUGGGCGAAGUGCGCGACACUAACCGGCCGGGACUGAUCGCGGCGGCGCGGGAGUGGGGGUUUGAGGUCGUCGACCUGGGCAUUGCUAGUGACCGGCCGGGUUCGUUGGAGGAGGUAUUGCGGGACGGGUUGCGUCGAACCGAUCUCGUCAUCACCACAGGGGGCGUGUCCAUGGGUGAGCUGGACCUGCUCAAGCCGACCAUCGAGCGUUCACUCGGGGGGACCAUCCACUUCGGCCGCGUGGCGAUGAAGCCGGGAAAGCCGACCACGUUUGCGACCGUGCCGGUGAAAACGAACGACGGGGAGAGGGUGUCUAAGGCGAUCUUCUCCCUGCCUGGCAACCCUGCCUCAGCGUUGGUGACCUUCCACCUAUUUGUGCUCCCAUCAUUGCGCCAAAUGUCGGGUAUCAGUCCACCAGGGCUACCACGCAUCUCGGUUGUUUUAUCCCACGACUUUUCACUCGACAGGUCGCGGCCUGAGUACCACCGAGCUAUCGUCUCUGUCGGAAGCGACGGCGUUCUAACCGCCACUAGCACGGGUGGCCAACGGAGUUCCCGGGUGGGCAGCUUGAAGAGUGCUAAUGCGUUGCUGUGUAUGCCCAGCGGGCCGGAGCCGUUGCCCAAGGGCGCCAAGGUCGAAGCACUGUUGAUGGGAAGCUUACGGAGCACUGUGUAA